CGCGCAAAACAGGGGGAGACAAACGAGGGAGGGAGAGAAAAAAAAAGAGAAAAGGUCUUGAAAGGAAGCGCAGCCUGACACGGCGCGUGCGUGUUAUCGGGAGGAAGUAGUAUGCAGCUCAGGCGGGGCUGUUCCUCCCUCUGUCCCGUCGCUAGCGACUCCUCUGUUUACAUUCACAGCGACAACAAGCCGUUUCCAGCCCGCGGGACACCGGGCACAUUGGUGGAGUAUCUCUGACCCGGCAUGCCCCAACAGCAGCGCUGCUAACGCGGUUAACGGCGGACGAUGGCUUCGGUGCGGAUGGUCGGCAAAGUUACGGCGAGACUUUUCGGAAGUAUUCCUCGCUGCGGUCUCAAACCCUCCCGACCUCUUACGCUUCUUCACCAGGUUCACAAGCGGCUGUCUCUACUUGGAAAUUGUCACGCUUUUUCCUCCAGUACACUCGCACCCUCCAGUGACGUGUCUUUGAGGUACAAAUAUGGCCGUUUGGUCCUGGAGGUCCCGUUGCCCUCCAGGAAGGAGAAGUGUCUGUUCUUCCUCCGGCCCAUGCUGAUGAGCGUCGGGGACCUGAUCGCAGAUCUGCAGAGAGAGGACCCCGGAACCACAACCUCCAUUUUCUCCAAGGAUGGCGAGCCCGUAUCAAGCACCACGCUGAUAGACGCCCUGUUGGACAAGGACUUCCAGCUGGUCAUCAACGAUGCAGUUUAUACCGUCUGCGCUCCUGAAAAGGUGACCACCGGCGAGCAGGCCAUGGAGUUGAAGGACAUGAAGCAUGUCGUGCAUCUGCUGCACACGGCGCUCCACCUGCCUGAACACCACCUGCUGACAGAGAGACGCCUGCUGGAGAGGCUGGACGUCCUCAAGCAGAAGCUGUCACCUCUGGAGAAGAUGAAGGCACAGCUGUCCAAUACAGCAGGUUUCCACAGCUCCAGGGUCAUCUGGACCGGCAUGGCCUUGUUAUCUGUGCAGGGGGGCGCUCUGGCCUGGCUCACAUGGUGGGUCUAUUCAUGGGACGUCAUUGAGCCGGUCACUUACUUCAUCACCUACGCCACCAGCAUUGGAGUCUUUAGCUAUUUCGUCCUGACCAAACAGGAUUAUUUAUAUCCGGACGUUAAAGACAGGCAGUUCCUGCGUUACUUUUAUAAGGCGGCCGGCAAGAACAAAUUCAACGUUGAGAAAUACAAUGAACUGAAGGACGAGAUGGCUGAGGUGGAGGAUCACCUGAGACGUCUGAGAUAUCCGACGGAGUUUCAGCUUCCACUUGAACAGCUCCAGCCAAAGCCAUGAGCAGUGAACAAUGGUCACUCCACGUAAACACUCCAGAGUAAAAGCAAAUGUUCUGCUUUAUUUUGAUAAUGGUGCCUUUCUACCGGAAAUCCACAUCAUUCUGUGUUUUGUUUACAGUCUUGAUAACGAUGCCAAUUAUGUCUUUGAGGAAAGUACAAACACUGAGGACUAAUGAAAUAUAAAAGUAUUCCCAAAACUU